AUGACGUCUCCGGGCGGGAGCAGCAGCCUCUCGGCGCCGCUGCGCAUGACGGUGAUUGCAGCUGCGACGAUGACCAACGGGCUGGGUGUCGCAGGCGGCCUUCCCUGGAAGCUCAAGGGCGAGAUGGCCUAUUUCCGCAAGGCGACCUCGACGACCUCGACGGCGGCGGUGCGAGAGCCGGGCGGAGAGGGGCAGGAGCAGAGGAACGCCGUCAUCAUGGGGCGCAAGACGUGGGAGAGCAUCCCGACCAAGUUCCGCCCGCUCAAGGAUCGCGUCAACAUCGUCGUGAGCCGCUCUCAGACGGAAGCCGACCUGGGCAUAUCCAACAAGGACGAUGCCUGGCUGUUUCGCUCCAUCGAAGAGGCGGUCCGCUACCUCCGGACGAGGACGACGGCGGAUGGAGCCGCUUCAAGCGAAGCAGGCCCGCAGGUCGACCGGGUGUUUGUCAUCGGCGGGGCGCAGCUCUACGCCGAUAGCAUGGCAGAUGGCACGCCCGAGCGGCAGCGCCUUUUCGUCGUCGACCGCCUCCUCAUCACGAGGAUCCUCCGGCCGCUGUAUCCGGAGUGCGACGCUUUCCUCCCCGAGUUCCGCGAUGCCGAUCAGGUCCAGCAAGACGCCAGCAUCCAGGCUCAGGCUCAGGCCCAGGCCCAGGCCCAGGCAGCCGCCGACGUCGACGACAAGCCGCAGGAGGGCUCGCUCCGCCCGCUCGACCAAAGACGCUGGGAGAGGUCGUCGGCCGAGGAGCUGCAGCGGUACCUGUCCUUUGACCCGUCGCACGACGGAGGCAAGCUGGGCCGCCCGGGCGACGCCGUCGAGAAUGAGGCCGACGUCUUCUACCAGUUUCAGAUGUGGACCAGAGCAUCGUAG